GCUGCUGCUGAUGCCGGUGUCUAUUGUGCCGCAUUGAAAAUAAAAAACAUAUCGAUAACAGGAUUGCCUAUGAGGGGCUGAGGAGACACUGAUGAUGGAUGAAGAUCAGGUGGAUGACGUGAUUCAGAGAUGGCGAGACAUUCCAGAAGAUGAUUUGAAGCCAGAAGACUACCAGAUGUUCAAGAGUUUGGGAUCUGCCUGUCUCGCUGAGAGUGACAGUACACAACUUCUGAAAUUCCUUCAGGAUGAGAACAACCAGGGGAUUGUGAAGUCCAUGGGUUGUGUUCUCAUGGCACCUCUUGUAAAUGAAGUUGUUAAAAAAGGGAAGAGUUUUGAUCACAGCCAGGUGGCCAUCACACAUCUGACCAGGACCUGCAGGCCUAAUGAACUCCUGCAUAGCUUGCUUGAAAUAAUUGAAGACAUUGAACCAGGUGCCAUUUCUGAGACCAUCUUAGCUCUUGUUCCACACCUUCAAACAGUGCUGCUUUGCCUGGAGGAGAGAAAAGCAGCAUGUGUGGGCUUGGCUCUGUCCGCCCUGCAGAAGCAGCUGUCCCGGCUGCCUGUUCCUUACACCGGGCAGCAGGAGGAGGCUGAUGAGUUCGGCCUGUGUCGCUGCUGCGACGCCCUGGCUGUGUUUACGAAGCCUUUCGUAGAGGAGGUGAUGAGGACAAAUGGAAACCACGUUACCACCUCUGAGGAUAAGGAGCUGAGGACUGAGCUUCUCAAGUUCUGCAUGAGGAGCUUGAGAGAACCUUUGCUUGAGGCUCAGCUGAACCAAGACAAAAAAUCGUCCCUGUGGCUCUUUGCGACAGAGAUAAUGGUCACACUACCUGCAAUCCAAGAGUCUCUCUCAGAGCUCCUGUUCUUCGACUCUUUGAAGAAAAGCGCCCAUACUGACAGUCAGUCCAAAGAGUCAAGAGCUUGUCUCGCUUAUCUACUGUUUGUGCAGCUCAUCACCAUAGACAGCUUUCCAGCUGUAUUCAGUCCUGUAUUUGUUCUUCAGUGCAACAUGGAACACAUCAAUCAACUUCUCAGUAGCAAAAAGGAAUCACACACGCUCAAAGGGCUGGCAUUGUAUGCAAAAAGCUUGGAGCGUGUGCAGGACAACAGCCUUCCAGUGAGUGUACUGGAGCUGAAGAGCUUCUAUAGUGUACCACAGAACCUGCGUCGACUUCUUACUGACUGCCCAAUGCAACACUUGAGGGAAUCAGGACUGCAGGUUCUCCAGCUCUUCAUCAAUAAAUUAGAUGCUGAGGCAAAGCACAAGUUCUUCAGGUGCAUGUUAAAAACCAGCAGCCAUGCAGGAGUAGAGAGUUACAUAGUGAAGAACAUCAGGAAGCAAGUAGAAUUUUCUAUGGAGCUUGGUAAUGGCAAUAAAUGGUUCCUGGGAGUGGAGUUUCUCUCAUUGCUGGGACUGGUGUUAAGUUUGCCACAAGGUGCUGACACAGAUUUGCUCAACGGUAUGGACAGGAUAAUGGAGAGUCUGAAUCUUCUCCGCUUUCUCAUGAUCAGAGACAAAGAACUGAGAAGCCAUACAGAUGUGUGGGAAGAGCUGUGCAGGAUCAAAGAUGAAUACCUUAAAAUGCUGCGUGUGUGUAUUGGCAUAUCAAGAACCUAUUAUUCAGCUGAAGUGAAGGCACUGAGGGAGGAUCAAAAGCUAAAAGCAAAAGAAGCCAGAGAUGCUGCUAGAUCCACCAGACUAGUCAAAAGCAUCACAGUGAAACACAAGAAUGUGUCCAAUAUGUCCCCAGAGGUCCAGCACCAGGUGUUGCAGAGCGCUUUGGUGACAUUCGACCUGAUGGAGAGUCUUAUCGUCCGUAUCGAGGAGAUCACAGAGGAAAAGCUGAGAACCCAGAACUAAACCAGGCGUCACAUCGGACGACAGAAUUAUUGUUCUAAACACGGUUUUGUUUUAUUUGCUCUCUCUGAUAAAGCAAUUUUUAUAUGGCAAAAAUGUAAAAACAGAACACUUUGUGCUAACAUACUGAAACACAUCUUUUGCACACAUCUUUGCUUUUUGUAUAUUCGAGUUCUAAAUAAAACAACAGAGGUGUCUGUGAAAA